CUACCAAAAACAACCGACGCGUUGCAUUUCAUGAACAACACUCGUACAUGCACGUACAUGUUUGCUCGUCUGGUCAAGUUAAGGCAUGUCUUCCGUUUCUUGGUUCGUCGUCGUUUUUUAUGCUGUUAUCGCCCAAGGUAUAAAUAGUUCACAGCCAGACGGCGAAGCAUGGGGCAUCAGAACGUGCGUCAUACAGGAUGAACUCAAAGAAAACGACUAUGGAUGUCAAUCUCAAGAAAUUGAUACAGAAGACUUUACAACUGUAAAUGGUGUGAGUUGUACACCGGAAGUACAUAGUGUAAACAUCAGACACAACAGAAGUGACCAUGGUUCGGUGACAGUGACCUUCUCUAUGAAAACACGAAGUUGUCAUAGAAAUCAUAACAGAUCCAGAGGAGUGGUUGUUAAGCUGGAAUUGACCGGUAGUAAUGAAGUAGAUUACAAGAUCUUCAGUUUAAUAACAAAAAACAGAUUGCAAUCCAACAAUGGGGUAACAUCUUACACGAUUACACUAGCAUUGCCUAACAUCGACGCGUUGUUUAUCGCAGAAGUGUAUCCGAUACAACCCGAGAAAGAUGGUAGCUCCUUUAUACACCCUAUGUCGGUCGGCAAAAGUGACAGAGAUAAUAUGUCCAUCAAUAAGGUUUACAUGUACACACCAGAAGUUGAUUAUAUAUGUAAGUGUGGAGAUAUUAUCGUGACAACAAACAACACUAUAUCUCUGAACCUGUGUAAUUACUCAGCACAUUUAAUCUCUUCUACUGUCACACGAAAAGGCGCCGACAGUAUCUGCACUCCAACGAACGAGAGUGCAUGUGAGAAAAAUUAUUCGAACUUGGUCGAUGGCAACUAUACUGUUUUGACCUCUUUUAAGUGCAAGGAUGAUAAACCUCUGGAAUGCAAAAAGGAUGUCACCAUUUGGACACAAAAAGAUGACGUAAAGGUGAUCCAGGCUGAUGAUAUCUUUGAUGUUAACAAGGUGCUGAUGAUUGCUGGGAUUUCAACUGGAUGUGUGAUGGCGUUUGUUGUAGUUGUAACGUACGGGAUAUUGAAACGACGUCUUCAUCAAAGUUCAAACAAACAUAAGAGGAGAGAACUGAUACUUAAAGAACGGAAUGACAUUAUGCUCGUUUACUUCUCUGCGUCUGGACUUAAAAACAAUAUUGGAGAAUUUGCUGAAACGCUUAAGAAAGCUACACGACUGCCUGUGCAUUUUCAUGACGACGAAGCGUCCCAAGGACAAAGAUUUACCAAUAAGUUCGACUGGCUUGAUGAAUGCGUAAGGAAUAGCUCAAACUUUGUUUUUAUUGCAUCUAGAGAUCUAUACGAAUUACUUGAGAAAAAGUGCAAAGGAAAUGCCAAUAGCACUUUUAAUCCAACGGGAAAUAAUGAGGUAGAAUUUAGUGAUGAACAAGCUUGGUUGGCCGGAAUUCCUUGUUACGUGAUGGACCGAAUGCGAGGCAAACGAUUUUAUGGACUGAAACGGAGUCGUUGCUUUAUUGUAUCGUUUAAGGACGACGUAAAUGAAAGUAAAAUUGACUACGCUCAUAAACUGUCACAGUUGAGUGUUUUUCAGUGUAAAGGGACAAAACUUUGUUAUGUUUCACAAAAAAAGCCGAUGACGAUCACAGGGAAGUUUCUUUAUGAACUGCAUGGUAAUAAACGCUCCAGACAAAUUAACAUAAACGAUCUGGAGAAAGAUGAACAGGAAAUGCUUUUACCUAUGGAAGGAAUUGAUGAAGCGAUUGCAAUAGAUGUAUAGUAAGAGUAUGAUAUUUCAAGCACGAUCCUAACACUAAAAAAGAAUCCGUCAUAAAGGGCUUUAGAGUUGAAGAGCCUUUUGUGAAAAGACUCGGUUCUUCAAAGCUGACAAUUCUUAUUCGUUUGAGAUAUAACAUAGCAUUUGAUUGGUCAAUCAAAAUGAUUUGCGGUUUUUAGCUCAUCUGCUCAAAGGGCAAGUGAGCUUGUGCCUUGGCACGGCGUCCAUCAUCCGUACGUCUGUCGGCCGUCCGGCGUCCGGCGUCAAUAUUUUACUUUAAACAACUUCUUCUCAAUAACCCAAAGGCUUAGG